CCGAACUAAUUUCGUCACUUCCAUCUACAACUUUCCUCUCUCUAUCUCUCUCUGUUGUACCUGUCUCUCUAUCUCGCUCACUGUUUUGUAGAAGAUGAAGGCAACAUACACUUCCCUUCUGGUCGUAGCCAUGCUUACCCUUCUUUUGAGCAAUCAAAUCCAGGUUUCAGUGGCCGUAACUUGUAGCGCUGUUCAACUAGCACCAUGUCUAGGGGCGAUGAUGUCGUCCGGUACUCAACCAUCGAAAGCUUGUUGCGAUAAGUUAAGAGAGCAAAAACCAUGUCUUUGUGGGUAUAUGAGGGAUCCUAACCUCAGACAAUAUGUUAAUACUCAAAACGCUAAGAAAGUGGCUAAUACAUGCAACGCACCUCUUCCUAAUUGCUAAGAAAACCAGAUAGGGUCUACAGUUGUGUGAACAUGAUGUUCAUGCUAUUUCAAAUGUCAGUCUCUUAUAUAUAUAUGUGUGUGUUUCUGUAUUCCCGAUUACUACCAUGGAUGAUCAUCGUAUAAAGUUGAGUGUUGCAAUUAGUUGGGCGAAUAGCGGGUGCUAUAUAAUCUUGUGUGUUACUUAUUAAUGAAUUAUGUCAACUUUGUUUAUUACUAUGAUAAAUAAAAUGUAUUAUGCUGUUAAUUUGGAGAUUGUUGAGAUGUUGAAAUGGUUUGUAGCUGCUCUAAACAAAGUGACGAGG